AUGGCCAGUAGUUUACUUUGUUUCAUUUUGUUUCUUGCCAUUCCCAUUUACAUUUCAGGGUAUAAAACUACAUUUGUGGUGUCAAAGGAUGGGAGUGGAGACUAUCGUAGCAUCUCAAAAGCCGUUUCUGCAAUACCUAAUUCAGCUUCGGCCACAUACAUCAUUCACAUCAAGCGGGGAAUUUACAACGAAGCAGUAGAUGUGGGUAUGUAUAAGAACAGUGUCGUGUUCUUGGGAGAUGGAAUUGACAACACCAUAAUACAGUUCAAUAAGAGUACUUCCACUGGUUUUGGGACAGACGAAUCGGCCACUGUCAAUAUAGAAGCACAACAUUUUGUUGCAAAAGACAUCAGCUUUGUGAAUUCCGCCGGAGUCAAUGCCGGACAGGCAGUUGCUGUGAGAAGUGUAGGCUUAAAUCAUGCAUUCUAUAGGUGUAGUUUCAAAGGAUACCAGGACACUUUGUUUAUGAUUUCCGGCAAGAAAUUUUUCUACAAAUGCAACAUCUUUGGAACCCUAGACUUCAUCUUUGGUGACGCAGCCAUCAUGUUCCAAAAUUGCAACAUAUACGGGAGAAAUCCAAAGAAUGAAGGAAUGCCCAUUAUUGUUACAGCUGAGUCAAGGGGUAUAGCAAAUAGUAACACCGGAAUAGUGUUUCAGAAUUGCACCAUUACGAAGGCACCGGAUUUUGGACUAUCGAAUUCUUCUUUCAGAGCAUUUCUUGGACGGCCGUGGCGAGAGUAUUCUAGGGUAGUGGUGAUGGAGUCUUUCUUAGGAGAUAUAGUAAAUCCUGCUGGUUGGUUACCGUGGAAUACCAGAUUGGAUCAUUUGAGCUACGUUGAAUAUCACAAUAGGGGUCCCGGAGCUAAAACUAGCGGCCGGAUAAAAUGGCCAGGUUUUCAUAUUGUGACCAACCCUAGGCAAAUGCUCUAUUUCACUGCUAAAAAUUUCAUUGAUGCAAAUGACUGGUUACGUUCGACUCGUAUACCUUUCAUUCCUGGACUCAUUGGAGAUAAAUUGGAUUAG